AUGUCAAAUUACAUCGGUAAGACCAUCUCAUUGAUUUCUAACAAAGGAUUACGUUAUGUUGGUUUAUUAGAUAAUAUCAAUGCCGAAGAUGCAACCGUUGCCCUUAAAUCAGUUCGUAUGUUUGGUACUGAAGGUAGAUUAGCUGCACAAGGAAAUCCAAAUUUGGAAGUGCCUCCAGGGAAUGAUAUUUAUGAUUAUGUUGUUUUUAGAGGGUCUGAUGUUAAGGAUUUGUCGGUUUUGGAUAUACCUGUUGAUCAAGUUAAGCCAGAGGGACCAACUGCUGGAUAUUAUGCUCCUCCUACUAUGCCGCAAACCGCUGCUCCUCCCGUUAGUGCUGGUCCUACUGGAUCAAUUCCACAGAGUGCUCCAGCUACUACUACCACUGCUGCAGCCCCAGCUCAACCGGCUGCUGCUCCAGGUCCAGGUGCUGCUGUUCCAAGCCAAACUGCAGCAGUCCCAACUGAAACUGCAACAGAAAAAUCUCCAGUUUCUGGAAAACCACAACCAACCAAAACUGAAAAACCACGCGAUGAAACUCCAACCAAAACAACCACCGAAGAAGUUGCCGACGCCCAACCAGGAUCAGAACCAACAGCUCAUCAUUCCCCACGUCACCAUCACCAUCACCCCCAAGCUCGUCGUGGUUCCGCCGAUUCUGCGAAACAUAAAGGACCAGACAUCCCAACUGAAGAAUUCGAUUUCGAACAAGCAAAUGCCAAAUUCCUGAAGGAAUUAGAACAAGAACGUGAAUUGGAACAUACCGGCUACAACAAACUGGCAUCAUUUUUUGACAAUAUUUCGUCAUCGACUGAAGAACGGAAUAGUAUGAGAUGGGCGGAGGAGAAGAAUUUGAAUUUGGAUACGUUUGGUGAAAGUUCGUUGCAUAGACGAGGAAGGGGUGGAUAUCGUGGUGGUAGAGGUGGAUAUAGAGGUAGAGGUGGUAGAGGUGGGGGAUAUAGAGGUGGGAAUUGGAGAGGAGGUAGUGGAAGUAGAGGUGGUGGAAGUAGAAAUAAUACCAAUGAUUAUCAUAAUAAACCUGAAUGGGCUUAG